CCACGCCCCCUUGUUUGAAUACGCGAGCGCACGCCCCGCCCCUUUAUUUUGCAUGGCGACGGGCCGCCCCGGGCGCUGCAUGGCAGGCUCCGCCCCCUGAUUUGCAUGCGCGCCUAGGAUCUGCAUAUGCAUGAGGACGCGCCCCCCCCCCUCGCGCGGAUUUGCAUAUGCAUGAGGGCGCCCCGCCCCCUGCUGUCAGCUGGAGGAAGCUGAGUAGGAAGCGGCCGCGAUGUCCUUUUGUGUCCUACAAGCCGCCUGAGCGGGAGGAGGAGGAGGAGGAAGAAGAAGAGGAAGAAGAGGAGGAGGAGGAGGAGGAGCCCGGUCCGUCCCGGCUUCCCCCAGCCCGGGCCCCGGGAGCCUCAUGCCCGCCCGGCCGGCCCUGCUGCGGAGCCCCAGGUGACAGGAGUGAAAGCGUGACCCUCCUCCCCUCGACACCCCAGGUGACAGACGGCCGGCCGCAUCAUGUCCGUCCGGGAGCGGGCCACAGAGCCCCUGUACAUCAAAGCGGAGCCCGCCAGCCCCGACAGCCCCCGCGGCUCCUCGGAGGCCGAGCCCGACCCCCCUGCGGCCCGGCCCCCCGGCCCGGCCCCGGCCCCGGCCCCGGCCCGCCGCCGGCCCCCGCCGCCCCCCCCGGGCCGGGAGGACAACGACGACGACGACGAGGGGGAAGGCCCGGGGCCCGGAGAGCGGGGCGGCGGGGGCAAGCUGGUGCUGAGCUCCCUGCCCAAGCGACUCUGCCUGGUGUGCGGGGACGUGGCCUCCGGCUACCACUACGGCGUGGCCUCCUGCGAGGCCUGCAAGGCCUUCUUCAAGCGGACCAUCCAGGGGAGCAUCGAGUACAGCUGUCCGGCCUCCAACGAGUGUGAGAUCACCAAGCGGCGCCGCAAGGCCUGUCAGGCUUGCCGCUUCACCAAGUGCCUGCGGGUCGGCAUGCUUAAAGAGGGGGUUCGCCUGGACCGGGUCCGGGGCGGGAGGCAGAAAUACAAGCGUCGGCCCGAAGUGGAACCACUGACCUUCCCCGGUCCCUUUCCGGCCACCCCGCUGGCGGCGCCCGGGGGGCCCCGGAAGACAGCGCCCGCGAACGCCCUGGUGUCCCACCUGCUGGUGGCGGAGCCCGAGAAGCUGUACGCCAUGCCCGACCCCGCCGGCCCCGACGGGCACCUGCCGGCCGUGGCCACCCUGUGCGACCUCUUCGACCGGGAGAUCGUGGUGACGAUCAGCUGGGCCAAGAGCAUCCCAGGCUUCUCGGCCCUGUCGCUGUCGGACCAGAUGUCGGUGCUGCAGAGCGUGUGGAUGGAGGUGCUGGUGUUGGGCGUGGCCCAGCGGUCCCUGCCGCUGCGCGACGAGCUGGCCUUCGCCGAGGACCUGGUGCUGGACGAGGAGGGGGCCCGGGCCGCCGGGCUGGGCGAGCUGGGCGCCGCGCUGCUGCAGCUGGUGAGGCGGCUGCAGGCCCUGCGGCUCGAGCGCGAGGAGUACGUCCUGCUCAAGGCCCUGGCCCUGGCCAAUUCCGACUCGGUCCACAUCGAGGACGCGGAAGCCGUGGAGCAGCUGCGGGAAGCCCUGCACGAGGCCCUGCUGGACUACGAGGCCGGCCGGGUCGGCGGCGGGCCCGGCGGGGGAGCCGAGCGCCGGAGGGCCGGGCGGCUGCUGCUCACCCUGCCCCUGCUGCGGCAGACCGCCGGCAAAGUCCUGGCCCACUUCUACGGGGUCAAGCUGGAGGGAAAGGUCCCCAUGCAUAAGCUCUUCCUGGAGAUGCUGGAGGCCAUGAUGGACUGAGGGAGCGGGAGGCGGCGGGGGGCGAUGGAUGGAUGGAUGGUUGGAUAGA